AUGUAUUGGACAUCUCUGGCAGCUGCCGCACUGCUUGGGCAGAAUGUCGCUGCACAGAACAUGCUUCGAUUCGCCUGUUCUCAGCUGGUUGUCGAGCGUACCGACCCUCUCGUCAACCCUGGCAUGACUUACACACCGCAUUUGCACCAGAUCGUUGGCGGGAAUUCCUUCAACGUCACCAUGGACCCUGCUACGCACGACUUGGCCUCCCAGUCGACGUGCACAUCAUGUACCUUCAAGGAAGACCUGUCCAACUACUGGACCGCUGUCAUGUUCUUUCACCACAAGAAUGGCAGCUACAUCCGCGUGCCACAGGUCGGCAAUGGCGGUCCUCAGGGACACCUUGUUCAGGACGGCGGUUUGGAUGUCUACUAUAUCCCUAGUGGAAAGACCACAGCAUUCAAGAAGGGGUUCCGUAUGCUCGCUGGAUCGGCGACCAACACGGACUCGAGCAAAGUCAGCAAAGGCAACAUUUGCCACCGCUGCUGGACCUCGCCAAACGACAACACUUUUGUCGGUGGAGCACCCUGCUCGGGCAGCGACACAGUUGACAUCCCUGCCGACGCCAGCUGCAAGAUGAUCAGACAAACCAUCAUCUUCCCAACCUGCUGGGACGGCAAGAACCUUGACAGCCCCGACCACCAGAGCCACGUCAACUACGGCGGCGCGACUGGUGCGGCCGGCGGUGCCUCAAGUUGUCCCUCGACUCACCCCGUCAAGCUCCCGCAAAUCAUGUACGAGCUCAUGUGGAACGUUAGCGCCUUCUCUGACAAGAGUCAAUGGCCUACGGAUGGCAGCAAGCCAUUCGUCUACAGCAUGAACCUUGGCGGAUCCGCCGCCCACGGAGACUACGUGUUCGGCUGGCAGGGUGACACGCUCCAAAAGGCCAUGGACAAUGGCUGCAACCUCAACACGGACUGCUCCAAGGCUGGCAUCCACGCUCAGACAUCCGCCCAGUACAGCGCGUGCAAGGUCCAGCAGCAAGCACCAGAGGCCGUCGAUGGCUGGCUCAAGGCUAUGCCCAUGGGCGAGAUGUCCGUGCUGGCCUAG